AUGUCCUACUAUCCCCCUCCUCCCGGUGCAGUAGGGUCACCAGCCCAGCAAAAGAACUACCCUCCGCCGCCGCAGUCUCCUCCCGCGAACCAAACCAAGUUCUACCCCCCGCCUCUCGGUACCCCGAGCUUCGCCCCCCCGCAAGGCCAGUCGUACCCAGCGCCGCCGCAAAUCCAACAUCAACAGAACUACCCCCCUCCUCCCCAGCAAAGCACAUCUUCUCCUCCUCCGAAGACGGGAACACCCGUCCCAUACCCGCCCCCAUCACAGGCCGCACAGCAUAUGAACCUGCCGCUCCGGAACUCGACCCCAUCCAUCAACUCGCCGUCCCCAGCCCCACCAGGCUAUGAAACGGCGCCCCCGGGACCCGGCGAGGGCUACCCACAGGAGAAGAUCGGCGGACACUCACAACAGGGAUCCGUCGAUCUCACACGCCGCGCCUCGGGCAUGAGCCAGCAACCCAGCAUGCACUCAGUCGCCCAGGGCGGGGGUCAACUUGAAGGCCAAGGCGGCCAAUUCUCUGGGGCGCAUAGCGCCACGGCCGACGACGUAGGCACCUUCAACGGCGGCUCAUACCGCAUCUCGCACCGCGACUGCAACACUAUCAUCACGAUCCAGCUAGCCAUGGGGUGCCCCAUAGACGCCAAGCCUGGUGUCCUCAUAGCCAUGAGCCCGACCAUCACCCUCAAGGGCGAGUACAAGUUCAGCAUGAAGAAGAUGAUUGCCGGCGGCGAGGUGGGCCACUCCACCUUCGUUGGCCCAGGCGAGCUGCUCCUCGCCCCGAGCAUGCUGGGCGACAUCACCACCAUCCGGCUCACGGGCAACGAGGCCUGGUCCGUCUCCAAGGACGCCUACGUCUGCAGCACCCAGGGCGUCAACCGCGAUUACAAGCGCCAAGGGCUGGGGAAAGCCAUGUUCAGCGGGGAGGGACUGUGGGUGCAUAAGGUUAAAGGUAUUGGAUUGAUGUGGAUCACUAGUUUUGGCGCUAUUAUUCGCAAGAAUUUGCAGGAUGGGGAGAAGUAUAUCGUGGACAAUGGGCAUUUGGUCGCGUGGAAUGUCAAGUAUAUCAUGGAGCGUGUGGCGUCCGGUGGUAUCAUGGCCGGGUUUGCGAGUGGAGAGGGGCUGGUGUGCAAGUUUACAGGGCCCGGGACGGUGUUUUUGCAGACGAGGAACCCGAGAGCCUUCAGCGCUUACAUGACGGGCAAUGCUGCGCCGCCAUAA